GCCGCGGGAGGGGGGCGCUGUGUGGGGUGGGAGCGGAUCAUGGCGGCGCCUGUGGAGGAGGACGACGAGACGGUGUGCGAGUUCCUGCAGCAGAACCAGGGCCUGGCGGCCUGGGCCGAGGGGCUGAGGAGCCACCACGAGACCGAGAAGCAGUGGAGGCUGCGGCGGCAGUUCAUCCUCCGCAACAUGGAGGACUUUAACAUCAGCAGAAGCCAACCAGGCCCGGCGGCCGCCAGCACAGGCCUGGACCGUCUCCUGUCACUCUCCAUGGUGUGGGUCAACCAUGUCUUCAUGGGCUGCCGGUACACAAAGGAGGUGAUGGAUAAAGUGCUGGAAAUGGGAGAGGACAUAAAAAUUAAAGAUGCUCCUAGCCACACAUUGAGAAGUGAAUUGGUUGGCAAUAAAGUGAAGAAAACAGAGGUUUCAACCAGCAAAGAUAUUCCAGUUGCUACAACAAAAGAUGAGCAGGUUGCCAAUAAGGUGAAGAAAAGGGAGCUUUCCGACAGCAAAGAAGGAAUAGGAGAACAACCUUGCCCAAAGAAACAACUAGUCAAAGAAGAUGCACCUGGAGGAUUUGCUUUGACCUCUGAAGGCGCCGGAAAUAGUGACCAUGAUGUUUGUCUGAACAGAAUCCCAGGUCUGGAUGGUUUUUCCCCUAGUGGAUCAUCAGAAGCUUUGUCAAAGCCCCAAGAGGAUGACCAGAUCGCUUCAGCACCAACUAACAACUCAAACCAAACAGAUGCCUCAAGAGAAAGUGAAGGAAAACUAAUUGUCACUCAAGAGUCAGAUCCCGUCUGUCAUCAGCAGGCAGUGCCAAGUCAGCCUGGGGCUUCAGCACAGACCAUGCCUGGUCCAUCUGGAGAAGUCAAGUCCAAAGUUCAACCAAAUAUUCAAAAUGGCAGCAGAUCUGUGGAGAGUUCCCAGAAAGCUGUUCUGACUCCUGCCCCACAAAAACUUGUUCCGAUUUCCAUCCCACAAAAAUCUGUACAGACUCUUCCUAUCUCACAAAAAAUGGUUCCCACUAUUAUCUCGCAAAAACCUGUUCAGAUUCCUGCCCCACAAAAACCUGUUCAGACUCCUGCCCCACAAAAACCUGUUCUGACUUCCAUUCCACAAAAAUCUGUACAGACUCCUAUCUCACAAAAACCUGUUCCCAUUGUUAUCCCACAAAAACCUGUUCCCACUAUUAUCCCACAAAAACCUGUUCCCAUUAUUAUCCCACAAAAACCUGUUCCCACUAUUAUCCCACAAAAAUCUGUUCCCACUAUUCCACAAAAACCUGUUCAGACUCCUCUCUUGCAAAAACUAGUUCAGACUUCCAUCCCCAAAAAAGCUGUUCAGGCCUCCGUCCCGCUAAGAGAUCUUCAGGCUUUAAUCCCACAAAGAUCUGCUCAGGCUUCUAUCCCACAGAGAGCUGUCCAGACUCCCACCUCACAAAGCUGCAAGACUUCCUUAACAACUGUUAAUCUAACUCCUGAAGUUAUGAAAGAAAAACAAACAUUCUACAAUAAACUCUACAAGGCUAUAGCGUGGAAACUUGUCUCAGCUGGUGGUUUCAGUAAUGACAUUAAACACUUUGAGAUGUUGAACAACUGCAUUGAGGCGGCGAAGAGUACCUUGGAUUCUGUGUACGUUCCUUUGAAAGACAUAUCUGAACUGCACCUGCCACAAAGCUCUGCCCGUGAAGGAAUUGUUUGCGAACUAAGAUGUAAAUCUGUUUAUUUGGCUACAGGCUACGGAAAAUGCAAAGUGAGCGCCACAGAAAUGGCUGCUAAGGAAGCUAUUAAAUUGUUCUUGAAACACAAAGUUACAGUAAAGAUAUGUAAAAGAAGAUUUAAAGGAAAUGAAAUUGAAGACUUAGUACUUUUAUGUGAAGACUUGCAUCGGCUAAAUCUUGCUCCUGCAUUAAUAAAUCCCUUAGAGUCCUGUGCAAGGUAAAAAAACAACCUUGUAAAUGUUUUUUUUUCUGAUCAAGAAAAUAGAACAUUUAAAAAAAAUGCACUUGUAAGAAUACAGGAAAUUGAUAAUUGUGGAGUUAUUAUGAGUUUAAGAAGUAUUUUACAGCUAUUGGUUACAAGUUUGUCUCAAAGGUGAGAUAGAAAUAACUUCCUGUAGUUUCUAAAAGUACUGUUUUUUUAAAAAAAGUUAAAACUUUUUUUGGAUACCUGGCCCAAGUUUAAUAUGAAAAUUAACGUCUGGUCUUUUCUGAAAAAAGUACUCGUUCAAAUACGGUACCAAAAAUUUCCUGGUAGUCAUUUGAAUUACAACAUUAUCUUGAAGGGGCUGUAUGUGUUAACUUAUAUUUUCAAACAAUUGAUAUACAGAAUGUUUUUUUCUUUCCUAAUUGAAAUAAGGUUAUGCAACUUAAACCUGUAAUCUUUGGUGUGUGACCUCACAACCUGUGAGAAAAUUGUUCAAAGUUGGCAUUCACAUUCAGGACAUAAGGAUAGGAUAGAAUAUGUAGGAGGAAUCAAAUCACAAUUUUUCAGUGAAGGUGUGUUUCAGAGAUUUAUUAUAAGGCGCAUUGUUGAAUAAGAGGGAGCUUUAAUUUGAAUCUGGUUGCCCCAUGGCUGAGUGCUUGAUGCUUCUUAAAAUGGAAGGGCAUUCCAUAACCCGUCACUGGCAUUCUUCACUUUGAACACAAACAUUUACCUCUUCCCCCCCCCCCCCCCCCAUCAUCCAAAAAGGAAUUAUGUUGUAUUUAUCUUGAUGUAUUUGAAUUUGCCUCCCUUUAGUUAAGUAAGAAUGACAGAACUAAUGGGAAUCCAUUAGUUUGCCUGCUCGGCCUAUUCCCUCAAGCUGGUAAGGUAUUAGUAGCUUCUCAUCUGCUAAUCUUUCAAUUGCAUUCCUUUUUGAUACAAAAUUGACUUUUCUGAUUCUGCUGUCAGUUUGAUGCCAGUUGUACGAAAAUAAAGCUCCUUUAACAUCCUUCCUCGUGCUUUCAUUCUAAUAUUUCAUUUUUUCUUCUGGUGUCUAUUGAAUUUUGAUUUUGUUUAGUGUAUUGAAAUCCUGGUUAUAAAUGAAUUCCAUGGAAACUCUAAGCAAACUCUUCAGGCCCUGAAACAAGACAUGCUCGGACUAUUGUCCUGCAGGAUAUUUGACACCGGGUAAACUUUUAAUCACUUAAUGACAUAUUUGGCAGCAUCCAAGCAAGCUGUGCAAUAACAGAACAUAUGAACAAGGCUAUAUACAGUUGAAUAUUACACAACAAGGAACUUACGGUCCUUUGGAUGAGACAUUAAAUUGAGGUCCCAUCUGCCUGUUCAGGUGGAUGUUAAAGAUCCCAUGGCACUAUUCGAAAAGAGAAGGGAGCUUCUCUCUGUCCUGGCCAACAAUCCCUCAAAUAAAAUUGGUCACUCAUUCCGUGUUGGACCUUACUGUGCACAACUGGCUUCCACGUUUCGCCCACAAAAUACAUAGUCAAUCCAAUCUACAAUAUAUCCUGUGAAGCGCUUUGAGACAUCUCAACUAUGAUAAAGCGCCAUAUCAAAUGCAAGAAUUAUUAUAAGUUAUACUAUAAAAAUCAACAGUUGAGCUUAAAUAGGGAGGCACUUGAGAGGUAUUGACAAAAUCUGAUGAAAUCCUGGCAGUUGAAUUGAUGAGCUAAAGUCUCUUAGUACCUUAUUUAGAAGAUAAAGCAAAACUCCAGAAUUUAACCCUGCAAGAUUUAUAUGCGAUUUCAGUGGGGAUAAUAUACAUUUUUGGGUUUUACUCUGGAUUGCUUCUGCUUGUAAGUAAACCCCAAGCUGUGCAGGUAGCCUGUACUCUAUUAACAAAUUGAGGCAAUGUAUUUCCUCAAAUAUUUCCAUUGUUGCUAAUUAUCACACUGAAAAUGUUUGUGUUUCAGUUCCUUUUUUAAGAACUGUUCUUAUCAAAUUCUGAAUAGUUGAUGAUGCACCUGCCCCCUUUCCAUUUCAUUCAGGUGUAAGUACAGUCUUACCAAAUCUUCAUUUAGAAUUUGGAGAUGCCGUUCACACAGUUUGAUUUCUGCUUUCAAGUGAAUUGUGAUUUAACCUCCAGGUAAUAUAUUUCGUGUGACAGUGUUCUGUUUCUAUAUGUUUGAUGUAAUCCAGAUAAUUUUAUGGAUCAUUUACUAGAAGGAUAUUCUAGCGACAAGAUUCAGUAGACAGCAAAUACAAGUAUUAAAUGAGUCCAUUUUACUAUGUUGGAUCAAGACUAUGCACAGAAGUGUUGUGCCUUCCACCAGGAACCAGAUUUGUAAAAUGUCUCUACCUAGAACACAAUUGUUCAGAAAUUGUCAGUGGUAGGGAUUAAUGUUUUGAAUGCCUACUGAUGCACUUAAGAAAAUAGUGACUAGUUUCAGAUGGUAGCAAAAGUAUACACAGAAGAAUAGUGCAUAAUUUAAUUUGUUUUUACUGCUUUGCGGUGAGGAAACGGCAGAAAUGGUAAUUGUAACCUGCAAGCAAUAGAUGUUAUUGAAAUGGUGAAAGAUUAUAUUUGUUACCUGUACAAUGAAAUUGAAAAUAAAUUCAACA